AAACUUGUACAAGGAUGUGGGUGACCUGGAAUGGGCGUUCGGCAUGCGUGGCAAGAAAGGACCCAGAGACCCCGGCGUCGCAUUCUUCAAGACGACAACGAACAGCGCUGAAGCAAUUGCAGCUCACGCUUCCUGGGGACACUACAGCGGUAUGAACAAGCUGCUCAAGAAGUACGUCUUCAACUACAAGUUAGUGGCUGGUUCAGGCCAGCCUGUCCCCGCCACCGCGCUGACAUUCUCCGGCUAUCCUGGUAGCGUGUCUUCCGGCGACGAUUUCUUUCUCACCGAGCAAAAACCUGGCGGUGCUUGGCACGGGCAUUCGUAACCAAAACUGCGACUUGUGGAGCCGGCUGACUCCUGAGAACACCGUACCUUCGGCAUUCCGCAGUCUGGCGGCAUCGAGACUGGCUGAGAGCGCCAAGGAAUGGAUCCACACGUAUUCGAGAGGCAGCGCAGGAACGGGAAAUAGUCAAUGGACCGUAAUUGACUACAACUUGUUCAAGCCAAGAAUGAAGAAACUGCCGCAAGAUUUUGUGUGGUAUCACGAAGAGCUGCCAGGAUACUCCGUGUCGGCUGACGUAACCUCCGUGGUGGAGAAUCAAGGCUAUUGGGCUUCGUACAACAUUCCGUUCUUUUCUACAAUCUACAAUGUUAGCGGUAUGCCAGAACUGUCGGCUGAGCAUGGCAACUGGUUCACCUACGACAAGUGCCCGCGCGCACUGAUGUUUAGGAGAGGGGCCAAGGAACCGAGUGGUAUAGAACAAGUCCUGGACUUUGUCAGGUACAACAACUACGAGAACGACCCGCUGUCCGUGUGUGCCACGUGCGAGCCCAAAUACAACGCCGAGAACGCCCUGUCCGCACGGAGUGACCUGAACCCGUCGGUGGGCCGGUAUCCGUUCUUCGAGAUGGGCAAACGCCCACACGGUGGCACCGACGCCAAGGUAGUGAAUUCGACCAUGAUGGCUCAUCACAGCUUGUGGACUCAGUGUGGCCCUACCCGGUACGAGAGCCAAUCCUUCUCUUGGAGCUCAUCCCCAUUUGCAUCGGUGCCGCACCUUGGACAGCCGGACGAAUGGAGCUUUCCACCGGCACUUAAAGAGUGGGAAAUAUGAUUGCCGAGUGCCGCAGAGCGCUGCUCGAGACUUUUUCUGUAGGAACUACGUGUGCUCUCGUUGCAGAAUUUCUACAUUUCUGUCGAUUAAACACAUGCUCAAUCAUCAGCUGAUUUUGGAGCUUCAUUGGUGCUAAUUUAAAAA